GCUCUCUGUGGGAGCACUGAUAGGGGAGGAGAGCUUGAGGCAGCCACAUGGAAAAGAAAUGGCAAAGACCGGGAGGUAGUUCAUCUUCCUAGCGGGCUGUUGGAAGCUCUUGGUGAUCUAUGGAGCAGAAAUCUCUGACGUGAGGAGUCAGGAGGGGGUAGUAGUGACCUUCCCCAGGAACUCCACCUCCCAGCCUGGCUCUUAGCUUUUGUUCUCAGUUAGUUGGACCCACGUGAUCCAGUUUAGUGGAGAACUAGGAUUUGUAUGAGGGAAUUAUUCCAGCAAAGAGGGAUUUUGUGUCCUAGCAGAAGAGAAUGAAGUUGCCUUUCUGCACAAUAUUCUCCAGCCUGGAAAACUGGACUGCCAUAUUCUUUGAGGGCUUCCUGAUCUCCUAUCAAGUUGUGGCCAUGACCUGCAGCCCUCCCCAAAACCUGUCCAAUAGCGGUUUGGAGUAUGUUACAAGGUCUGGAGAAGAUAUCUACCAAGAUAAGAUCCCUUACCCAUGCCAUGAGCCAUGUUACAAGAUAGUGCCCACCAUGGACAGUGACCAGCCUCUACCUGUGUGUGGACAACCAUCUACCCCUAUUGACCGGGAUCAGGGGGCCCUUGGUGCAGCUAAAGCAAAGCUGGGAAACUUCCCAUGGCAGGCACUCACCAUUAUCUAUGGGCGUGGAGGAGGAGCUCUGCUUGGGGAUCGCUGGAUCCUCACAGCUGCCCAUACCAUCUACCCUAAGGACAGCUUCUUCAAGAAGAACCAGAGUGUGGAUGUUUUCCUAGGACACACAGACGUAGAGGAGCUCAUAAGGCUGGGGGCUCACCCUGUCCGUAGGGUCAUUGUGCACCCAGACUACCGCCCAGAAGAGCCAAACAACUUUGAAGGUGACAUUGCAUUGCUGGAAUUAGAGAAAAGUGUCCCCCUGAGCCCCAACCUCCUCCCCAUCUGUUUACCGGACAAUGAGACUCUCUACAGCAGUGACUUGAUGGGCUACGUCAGUGGCUUUGGGGUGGAAAGGGGCCACCUGGUUAGCCAGCUGAAAUAUGUGAGUCUGCCCAUUGCCAAGCGAGAGGCUUGUGAGGCCUGGCUUCUGGAGAAAAACAGAACUGAGGUGUUUUCCUCAAACAUGUUCUGUGCUGGAAACAGGACCAUAAAGCAAGACGCUUGCCAUGGGGAUAGUGGAGGAGUCUUUGCUGUGUGGGACAAUACUACUGAGCAUUGGAUGGCCUUGGGCAUUGUGUCCUGGGGCAUUGACUGCAGCAAAGGGUAUGGCUUCUACACCAAGGUCCUCAACUAUGUGGACUGGCUCAGGAGCAUAAUGGAAGGGGAGGCCUGAGCCCAGGGUUGCUCUAGCCUUGACUUCGAAAUCGCCAUAGGUUUGAGGUGCUCAAAGUGUGGUUUCAGGAAAUCCACAAAGUCAAAACUAUUUUCAUAACAACACUGUCAUUUUAAUUCUAAUAUGGCAAAUAUCAGUAGAUAUAAC